AUGGUGGUCUUGGAAAGUGAAGGUGGUGAUACAAAUCAUUUGUCGACGGAUGGGGAUAAAUUGGAGACAAAAUUACCAAAUCUCUUAACAUUAGAAAUAUUCCGUAUCACGAAGGACGCUCAGCAGCAACACGGUCUCCGUCAUGCAGACUACCAACGUUACCGAGGUUAUUGUUCACGUCGCCUGCGCCGUUUGCGGAAAGUUCUCAAAAUUCCUCAGGGAGACAGGCGACACUAUCGCCGGCGUGAUGUCACUGCCGCUCAUUUGACUGCGGCUAAUGCUGAGAAUCGACUUCUGUGUGUGCCGUUGUUGCAAGCAGAAAGAGCUUGGGCUCAUGCAAUGCAACUAAGACAGGAAGCAAACACAGAGCCAAGAAAGAAGUUCCAUCUAGUUUCUCGUUUGAAAAAGGCGUAUGCACAUGCUCAAACUUUGAUGCAGUUAUGCGAGAGCGGGGUGUGCGAUGCGCGCACUCAGCUGGAGGCGGGCGCGUACGCCGCGUGGCUGGGCGGCGUGCUGCUGCUGGAGCUGCAGCAGUGGCGCGCCGCCGCCGACAGCCUGCAGCGCGCGCAGCUCGUGCUCGACAAGCUGUGCGCCGCGCUGCCCGACGACGAGCGCCACGUCUACAAGCAGAAGGUAGAAGAGUUGAAGCCAAGCUUAAGGUACUGCGCUUACAACAUCGGCGACCAGUCGGCGGCCGGCGACCUCCUCGCCAUGCGUGGACAAGGGCUCAUCGAGAAUCUAGACACGCUCAUGGCGCAGGCCAAAGAGUCCCGCUCUGGAGUAAUGCACGAAAUAGAAUGGCGCGGUCGUCGCGUUACUGUACGACCUGAGAAAGUGCGACUCUUUUUAAUUGCCUUGCAGGACUUCGACAAAUCCGUUCAGAACGCACAGAGCGUCGAAGCUAAGAUCGAAAUCCUCGAAAACAUUCUUAUGGACUGUAAAGACGCAAUAUCAGCCCUCAAAGAUGAGAUAAAGAACGAUCCCAAGCUUAAAACGGCACCGGAAACUCAAAUGCCAAGUAUCAGUUACCUGCUUUCUUACUUGAUGUAUCUGCGCCUUAUGCGGACUAUUGAAAGGAACAACUUGUUAGUGCAACAAGCAGAAGAAGCGCGCAAGAAGAAUACGCAAAUAGACGGCAAGAAGGUGCGUCCUCAAGAUUUGACGAGGUUGUACGAGAUCAUCCUGCAAAACUAUACGGAGCUGCAGCAGUUGCCUGGAUUUGAUAACGACGCGGAUUACCAAAAGGAAAUCGAAACUGCUAUGAAGGCGUACCGCGCUUUCCGUUGCUAUUACAUCGCGCAAGUGUUGACUGGACUCCGUCGCUUCAGAGAGGCCCUCGCUAUGUUAGAACGCAGUAGCAACUACACUUCGGAAUCUAUCGCCAACAAACUAGACGAUAAAGAAUUACUGCAAAAACUAGAGAUGCUGCAAAAGGAUAUUGAGAGUUGUAAGUUCGAAGUCCACGCGGACUCAGUACUAGAAGACGACGAGGAAGAUGAAGAAAUUAAGUACACUUCAAGUGGGAAACCUUAUAAAGAUAAAAAACCUUUGGUUGAUCGUUUGGACGAAUACAGAGAAGAUACGCAAGUGCUCACUAAAAACCCCAACAUUUAUAAACUACCACCCCCGAUGGAAGCGAUACCUUGUAAGCCGCUGUUUUUCGACUUGGCGUGUAAUUUCAUCGAGUUCCCCAAUCUGGAUGAUAAGACGGGAGCAGCUAACGGCAAGAAGCAAGGGGCUGGUAUCACUGGACUUGUUAAAGGCUUUUUGGGAUGGGGUAAAACUGACAAAUAA